UUUCAAUAAAUAAUGAAUUAUUAAUGACAUCAAAUUCAAUGACAUCAACAUCUGUUAUAUUAUCACCUAUUACAAAACAUAAAGAAAUAACAACAAGUAAUGAACCAUUAUUCGUUGUACAAUAUCAAAAACAAUCAUCUAUACAUAAUUUAGAAAACAUUCAUCCUAUUGUAGAUAAUCAACUUGAUAAACAUCAUGAUUAUUAUUAUCACAAUAAUCAUCAUCAUCAUCAUCAUGAUCGUGAUCAUCGUCAUGAUCGUGAUCAUCAUCAACAAUCAAUCAAUUCAUGGAGUAAAAAACUAAAACAUAAUUGGAAAUCUGAACCUUCUCGUUUAUUUUUUAAUUUUAAACGAAAAAGUACUUUUGAAAAUGUUCAUCAUUCAAUUAAUUGUCAAUUAAAUGAUCAUAUUUAUAAUAAUCCAUUAAAUAAUUCAAAUAUUCCAUAUUUACCAAUAUUAUGUAAUAGUUUAGAAAAAAUUCAUAAUAAAACAUCUGAUUCCAUAAAUCAAUUAUAUCAUUCUUAUAAUCCAUAUAAUACUGAUGAAACUUUAAAUCAUCAUACAAAACAACAUUUUACAAAUUCUAGUUUACAUUAUUCAAAUAUUCAUUAUCAAUCACCUAAUUAUAAUCAUAUAUCCAAUUCACAUUAUAUUCAAUCAUUAUCAACAUUAUCCGAUAAGAAUUUAAUACAUAAUAAUAUUCAUUCAUUGAAUUGUAAACAAUCAAUUACUGAACAUUUAACCAAAUCAAUAAUAAAUGAUUCAUUAUAUAAUAAACCAUGUAAUAUAAAUCAUAAAUUAUCAUUAAUAAAUGAUAGAUCUAAACGUGCAUUAAUUAAUGUUGGCGGUUUUAGACAUGAAAUAUUAUGGCAUAUUGUAGAUCGUUAUCCAAAUACAAGAUUAGGUAAAUUACAUCAUGCAACUAAUUUAGAAGAAUUAUUAAAUUUAUGCGAUGAUUAUGAUCCAAUUAAUAAAGAAUAUUAUUUUGAUCGUAAUCCAACUGUAUUUUCAACUAUAUUAAAUUUUUAUAGAUCUAAAAAAUUACAUUAUAAUGAUAUGAUAUGUGUAAUGGAUUUUAAAGAUGAAUUAAUUUAUUGGGGUGUUAAUGAAAGUUUUAUGAAAGCAUGUUGUUCACAUCGUUAUCAUCAACAAAAAGAUUUAAUUGAAGAUGAAGUUAGAAAAGAAGAAAAUUGUAUAAGACAAACAACAACUAUUGAUGAAUUUGGUUCUGGUUGGUAUGCAAAUUUAAAAAGACAAGGAUGGAAUUUAUUAGAAAAACCGCAUACAUCUAGAGCUGCUAGGGUGUUUGCAAUCGUUUCAAUAAUUUUUAUCCUUUUAUCUACAAUCAGUUUAACGUUGAAUACAAUGCCUGAAGUACAACUUAAUACUACAUUGAUCAAAUAUAUUGAAACGGAGAUACUUACUAAUACAGAUUAUAAUAAUACUACUACUACUACACAUCAAUCACCAAAUGAAAUAACUGAUAAUCCAUAUUUAGAUAUUGUCGAAACAAUAUGUAUCUCAUGGUUUACAUUGGAAUAUGUAUUGCGUUUAUGGUGUUCACCAAAUAAAUUGAAAUUUCUUAAGCGUAUUCUCAAUAUUAUUGAUUUAAUUGCAAUUUUACCUUUCUAUAUACAUGUAUUAUUAGUAGAAGUUGUAACAAGACAUCAUAAUGAAUCAUUACAUUCAUUAAGAAAAAUUGUACAAAUUUUUCGUAUUCUUCGUAUUUUACGUAUAUUUAAACUUGCUAGACAUUCAACUGGUUUACAAGCACUUGGUUAUACAUUUAAACGUUCUUAUAAAGAACUUGGUUUACUUAUGUUAUUAAUUGCAUUAGGUGUAGUAUUAUUUUCUAGUUUAGUAUAUUUUGCUGAAAAAGAUGAAAAUUCUGAAAUGUUUCGUAGUAUACCAGCUGCAUUUUGGUGGGCUACUAUUACAAUGACAACAGUUGGUUAUGGUGAUAUGUUACCAAGAACAAUAUUAGGCAAAUUAAUUGGUGCAUGUUGUUGUAUAUGUGGUGUAUUAGUAGUAGCAUUACCAAUUCCAAUUAUUGUUAAUAAUUUUGCUGAUUUUUAUAAAGAACAUAUGAGACGUGAAAAAGUUUUAAAACGUAGAGAUGAAUUUGAAAAAUUUCGUCGUAAUGAAGAAUUAAUUAAUAAUGAAAUGAAUACAAGUGCCUUUAUUGAACAAAUUAAUGAAGAGAAUGAGAAAAAAAAUAUUUAUCUAAUCAAUAAAAUUGUAUAAUUUAUGAUCAUGAUCAUGAUUAUGAUCUAAAAUGGAUCUUAUUAAGAGCUCAAAAUGAUUUAUCAAUUAAAGUUCAAAUGAAUUCUUAGAUUUAUCAUAUAUUUAUACAUAUAUAUAACUAGAUUGGUAAAAAGAAAAGAAACACAACAAUACUGUAAACAGUUCUCUCCCAGUUAUUAUUUUUUUGUCGUUGUUGUUACUGCCUGACAAUUAAAAAAACAUACACACAUAGUUACAAUUGAUUACUCACAUAUAUUAUGAAUGUAUAAAAGUGGAUAAAAAUAUCAUACAUGUAGAGAAUAAUAAUAAGCUUAUUAUUAUUAUUACCAUUAUUAUUAUUAUUAUUUUACAAGUUAAUUAGAGAUAAUUAUUGUUUUUUUUUCUUUUGCAUGAUAUUUUUUACUUUAGCUUAAUAAUAACUUACUACUUUAUUAUGAUACAACAAUGUAUAAGGAUCAAAAUUAGAGAAAGAAAAAAAGAACACUUCUUAUUGAAUAUAAAAAUAAAUAGGAAUUCAUAUUCAAG